AUGGCUGAUCUCGAAGCCAGCACAAAUGAGAAGUCACGCAAGUUGCAAUCUCCUUCUGUCAGAACAGAUGCUGCAGGACAUGUCCCCUCUGAGGUGGUUCCCACAUUAGCCAAUUUUGGUGCAAGUCGAGGGUUUCAUUAUGGGCAGACGAGACCAGCCAUGACCAAAGGCGCGACAAGAGGAAAUGUUACCUGCGACUAUGUCUCUUACACCGGUAAAGCCGAUCAUACAAUACCCACUCCUGGAUCCGAGGGAAGCUCGAACGCAAAUCGCGAGCAAUCCGUUAACUCGUGGACUGAGGAUGCAAACAUUUGGCAAUCCCGGUCGAGGCAGCACGCGAACGCGAGGGCGAAGCCUGAUGCCGAGGCUGCAAUGAACAACCCAUCAGUUCCGAAUCGCCCUCCAACUCGCUCGUUGUUGGAGCUUCAAGAACGAGUUUAUGAAUUGGAGACAUACGUGAGGGCUGCUGGCUCUAGACCAGUAUCUUCGGAAAAGUACUUGGGUAUGGGACACCCGAUGUUCCCUGGGAACUCUCCAAAUCAUGGCUCUUCACAGGACUACGAAAGAGCUUUACUGCGAGGAAAAGGCUUCAAAACACAAUACUUUGGACCUAGUCACCCGGCAGGUAUCCUUCUUCAAUAUGAGGAGCUUUCACAAUUUGUGAAGACAAUACUUCUGAACAUCCCGGCUUUGGAAAAGACGAGGUUGACCUUCAAACAGAAACGUCAGGAGCUGGGACCUUCGUGGGAUCUUCCUCAUUUUGAGACACUGGCCAGCAUGGUCCCUGAUCAGAAGAGGACCGAUACCCUCGUGCAGGAAUACUUUGCUACCAUUGAGACGACCUACCGUAUUCUCCACACACCGACCUUCUUUCAGAGCUAUAAAGAUUUCCGGAGGUCUUCGAGUGAGGUAUCGGCGCCAUUUUUGGUUCAACUUAUUCUCAUCUGCGCUUGUGUUAAUUCCUCAGUAGAGGGAGGACCCACGGGCUUUCAUGGACGGAACUCUGCAGCCCGGGACAUGUCUUUGAACUGGAUCCAGCGGUCCGAGCAGUGGCUUGACAUGCAAAGCCAGAAACACGUUACCAUGGAGACUUUCCAGAUCCACAUCCUGCUGGUCAUUGCAAAACGGCUCAAUUGUGUCAAGAUCAAAAGAGAAUGGACCAUAAGUGGACAUCUAUUACGACUCGCCAUGUCUGCUGGGUUGCAUAGGGAGCCGACAUUCUUGAGCAAGAGCAUCGGUGUCUUCGAUCAGGAAAUGCGCAGGAGAUUGUGGUUUACAAUCCUGGAAAUUGAAACACAGGCUUGUAUUGAUCGAGGGAUGCCUGCGACUAUCCACCCCUAUGAUUGGGACACCUUACCACCUCUAAAUAUCCAUGAUGAGGACUUUGACCUGACAACAGAGAGGAUGCCUCCUACAAGGCCCGUGAACGAAUUCACCAGGACGUCGUUUCUGUGCUUGGCCCAGCAGCACUUGCACAUACGAUUAGACAUGCUUUCAAGGAUCAAUAGUAUACGUUUCUGUUUCGAGAAUGAAACUGCCGCCGAGUAUGAUCAGAAAAUCAGAAGAAUUAUUGACGACAUUCCGUCAUGGAAGGAGAAUCCAUCCAGCACCACCGCACAAUCAUUGUCUCGAUUGCUCCUCUACGAGUUCCUGCUGCUCAUCCACGAACCUACCUUGUCUUAUCAGGAUGGACAAGCACGAUACUUUUUCUCACGAGCCGCGCGGCGAAAUGCCGCUUUGAACACCCUCAGGUUCUACUCAGAAAUGCAUCAGAGUGUGAGCCUUUUAUUUGCCAACCUCCGCGAGGAUGUAUAUCGAGCUUGCCUUACGCUUUGUCACGACAUUGUUGUCUCGCGUCAUGCCGUAGAUGAUUUGGUACAAGACAAUACCUUGGCAGUGGAAAUGGUUGUGAAAGCUGUUGAUCUUAUGGAGAAUCGGAUCAGAAGUCUUGGUCAAGGAUUUCACUCCUUUUGGUUGGGAGUAAGUGCACUGGGUCUGCUGCGAGCGAAAUUGUCCCCUUUACUACCGACCGAGGAGUUUACCAAACAAACAGCGGAUCGAGUAUCCCGCUUGCAUACUUUCAUGAUGUCCGAACAAAUUGCCCAACCCACCCCUGCCAGUGGCUUUGAGGAGGCUGCUAUGAGUGGCGCAACUACGUUGGUGGGGAUGAGUGGAAAUCCCGAUUCGAAUCAACCUCUACCAGAGAUUGAUGUAUUUGACAAUGCCGGGCAACCAUUUAAUGUCUUCUCGGACACGCUGUUCGACUUUGACAUGGCGGAUAUGUGGAAUACUGGAAACUUUGUGCAGUUCUGA